GUCUUCUUUGUAUACGGUCUUUGCCUCCACCUUCCCUUAUCCGCACUUAUCUUUCCCCUGUGAAGUCAUUCCAGCUCGGGAAGCGAGGCGGAGAGGAUGUUCCGUUCAACGUCGCAAUUCGAUCAGCUGCUCGACAAGGCCACGAGUCCCCUACUGCUCGAGGCAGACCUGGAAGCGACGCUAAGGCUCUGCGACUGCAUCCGACAGGGGGACACACAGCCCAAGUAUGCCCUGAAAGCUCUCAAGAAGAAGCUGCACGACAAGAAUCCUCACGUGCACCUCUUCUCUCUGCAGGUGAGACGGCUCUCCUCAUCUGAAUUAGUGCAUUUAUUUCAUCCUCGCAUCGAUUUACCGGUGUUAGAAUCCUGGAUGAAGAAUUGCGGCGGACCGAUCCACGAAGAAGUCGCGACUCGGGCGUUCAUGGACGAGCUACAGGAACUCUUCCACGACUCCAACAACGAGAAGGUCCGAUCCAAAAUCCUGGAACUCGUCCAGGUCUGGGCCUACGCGUUCAGGAACGAGCCCCGCUACAAGAUCUUCCAGGACAGGGUGUUCGCACUGAAAGCGCAGGGCCUGUCCUUCCCGACGCUGAAAGAGAGCGACGCGAUGUUCUCCUCCUCCACCGCACCCGAGUGGGUGGACGGCGAAUGCUGCUACCGCUGCCGCGCCUCCUUCUCUCUCAUGCGACGAAAGCAUCACUGCAGGGCAUGCGGCCAGAUCUUCUGCGCCCCCUGCUCCAGCAACCAGGCGAUUCUGCCAAAAUUCGGAUUCGAAAAGGAAGUCCGCAUCUGCGACACGUGUUGGGAGAAGCGGAUCAAACCGGUCUUUUCAACUGGGAAGGAAGGCGACUUCACCUCGGAAUCGUCUAAGCAGUCUCAAUUCUCUCCAAGCAAGUCCGAAGCGGAGCUGAAAGAGGAAGAGGACUUGCACCUCGCGUUGGCUCUUUCCCAGUCCGAAGCCGAAUCCAAGGAACAAAGAAUAAACCGUGCUCCCCAAGUGGACGGUCCCGAGAGCGACCCUAAGCUGGCUCGCUAUCUCGAACGGUCUGACGCGCUGGAUGCGCUGAGAGAAGAUCACUGGGAGCGGAAGCGUCGAGAGGCGGAGGAAGCGAGCAGACGACCCACUAGCGCGGCUGGAAAGGCACAAAGAUAGGAGGUGAAAGGUGAAGGUUACGCCAGUUACGUGUAGCAACUCAUUUUAGUAAAGUGAAC